AUGCGGUGUUGGGUUGGAUUAAUAGUGAUAGGAGCUUUUGCUUAUUUACCGGAAAAAAUUGAAGCAGCUACAUUUACGGUAACAUCACAAGUUUACCUGGACGUAUCGAUCGAUGGAGAAAAAAUGGGACGCAUAACGAUUGGCAUGUUUGGUGAGGAAGCCCCUAAAACGGUGGCCAACUUCCGCCAGCUCUGUACGAAGGAUGUGGACGGGUUUAGCUACAAAGGGAGCCGGUUCCAUCGGGUCAUUAAAAAGUUUAUGAUACAAGGUGGUGAUGUUGUAUCGGGCGAUGGUCAUGGAGCGAUCAGCAUGUACGGGAAAUAUUUCGACGAUGAAAAUCUGAAAAUCAACCACACCUGCUCGGGUUUCAUUGCGAUGGCAAACCGAGGACCGAACACGAAUGGUUGCCAGUUCUACAUUACCACCAUGCCGGCGCCUUGGCUGGACGGGAAGCAUACCAUCUUCGGUAAGGUUCUCGAUGGGCAGGGUGUGGUGCAUAAGGUGGAGCAGGUGCGAACGGACACGGAUGACUAUCCAGUGAAACCGGUCAUCAUUGACGAUUGUGGUGAUCUGCCAAUCCUGGGACCGUUUACCGUUUCGGACGAUCCUUACGACUUGUGGGCCUGGAUCAAAGCUGCGUAUCUUCCGCUCGGGAUGUCUUUCUCCAUUUUGGCGUUCUUUCAAUACAUCAUUCGUAAAUUAGACGGUUAUACGAGUCGUGAAGCAUUGCGCAAUGCUGAGCUUACUAAAAAUGAUUAA